UCGGAAUAGGUCAGUGGUGAAAAGUGAAACGAAAAUGAUGGAGUUUACAUAAGUGAUUAGAAUCUAGUAUUUCAACCGUUAAAUCACCAUAUCAAUUGGAGAAUCCGAUUACGAACAUUUCCGCCAGCAGGCGAGUAUAAAUAGACGGCUAUACCUCCGAAACGAUCAUCCAACUAUAUCGAAAAGAUGAACUUCGCAACAAGCUCUAUUCUUCUGCUUUUGGGCCUGGUCCUUGGCGCCGUCAAUGCGCAGCCUCCGACCAGGGAAGAAACCUCCAGGGAUAAGGCCUGCGGUCCUGGCCGAUACUACAGUGAAGCCCGUCACACUUGUCUGCCCUUCUAAAUACUAGAAAGGAACAGAACCAUCUUGAACAUUUUGGGAUAUCUGGUUCUAUUACAAGUUUUAAUAAUAAAUGAACAUUAAAUAUA